AUGUACAUAAAACCAGUGAAAGUUACCCACCUAAAAAUGACGGACAUAGAGUCUGAUAGAAUUAGUUGCUUGCCGGAUCAACUUAUAGACAAGAUUCUCUCAUAUUUACCAAUUAAGGAUGCAGGGAGAACUAGUGUUUUAUCCCGCAAAUGGGGAAAGAAAUGGUCCAUACAACCAAAUCUUGUGUUCGAUAAACGAAGUGUAUCUACUUUGGCUCUGGAAGACCUUUCAAUUAUACGUCGCAAGUUUUUGAGGAUGAUUGAUCAUGUACUUUUACUUCACUCUGGCCCAAUCAACAAGUUCAAGCUCUCCAACUCCGGUUCUAAUAUCAUGGGUGUGAACUCUCUGGCUGAUAUUCAUCGCUGGAUUCUUCAUCUAACCGGAAGUUUAUGUCGUUUAAAAUUAUAUUAUUGUUGUCUUAAACCUCCAAUGACUUUUGAAGGCUUUAGGAACUUGAGAGGUCUUGAGUUGGAAUGGAUUAAUAUUCAUGCACCAAAUCUCAAGAUUUUUCACUUCUUUGGUAAUUUUGAGGAUAUUAGCUUUGAAAACAGUUCCCAGUUAUCUAAUAUAAUGGUUAUUUUAUAUAUUUAUGUGCACUCUGAAAGCAAUCAACGCAUAUUGCAUGGAUGCUCUAACAAUUUGCUCAAGCUUUUCGAUCAUCAACCUCACAUUGAGAGGCUAGUGAUUGGUGAUUAUUUUUUAAAGUACUUGGCUGCAGGUGUUGUACCAGUAAAGCUGCCUACUCCUUAUAUGAAUCUAACAUAUCUUGGCUUAUUAAUAAACUUCAUUGAUUCGAAGGAAAUUUCGGUUGUCCUUUGCUUGCUCAAAAGUUCACCAAAUAUUCGAGAGUUCACAAUGUUUGCGAUAGAGAAGCAGCCUGGCCUUUUAACACCCGCUUCAUACUGUUGUGAAGAUAUCUUUUCAGAGCCAGACAUCCCCCUCGGAUUGCGAUAUGUUAACAUAGAGGAUAUCUCCGGUAACAAAUUUGAAUUAGAUUUUAUCAAAUAUUUACUUCUAUAUUCUCCUGUGUUAGAAAAUAUGAUUGUGAAGCCUACUCAAAAUGUCAAACCGGAGUUGAUGACAAAAUUAAUCCGUUUCAAGAGAGCGUCGAGCCAGGCCGAAGUUAUUUAUCGUGGAAAAGAUUCUUGA